UUCAUCAACAACAGCGAGUCAGUCACUUCAGUAGCUUGCUAGGCGACAUGGCCUAAACGUUCAAGCUUUUUAGACUAUUUCAGUGCGUAUUUGCCUAUGUGUUUUAAACAUACUUCCGUUUUAUAGCUAGUUGCCACAUUUAUUUUCAUAUUUACAUUGUUAGUCAGGCAGAUGCCUUAAAUUUGCCUAGCGCUAGCCUAGUCGCUAAUGCUAACUAGCUAGCUAACAUCCCCGACCAUGAGUUCACUAUUAUUAAACUUCUCUCCUCCUGUUAAAGAAGAGGGGGUCUGCUGGACGGAGAAAGAGGGUCUGUGGCUGAACAUUGUCGUGAAAGAGGAGAAGGAAGAAGAGGAUGUUACAGUAAAACAAGAAGUAGAGGGUGAGGCUGUUACCCUGAAAGAAGAAGAGAAAGACGUUACAGUGAAAGAAGAGGAAGAUGCCGUUUUUGGAGUGAAGGAGGAAGAGAUAACUGUCACAUUGAAGGAGGAGAAGGAAGAACAAGAACAGGAGGAGGAGACAGGCGAUCUGAUUAAGACCAGAGAGAGACCAGACUCUGACAGCGGGAAGAGUUCCUCAGAGGAAACAGACCCAGAGACGCCUAACCAACACCACUGCUCCCACUGUGGAAAGAGUUUUAGGUGGUCAGGGAGUCUGAAAACGCAUGAGAGAAAACACACAGGAGAAAAGCCGUAUCACUGUUCUCACUGUGGAAAGAGUUUUAGGUGGUUAUGGGUCCUGAAAACGCAUGAGAGAAUACACACAGGAGAAACGCCGUAUCACUGUUCUCACUGUGGAAAGAGUUUUAGGUGGUCAAGGAGUCUGAAAACGCAUGAGAGAAUACACCAAGGAGAAGAGCCGUAUCACUGUUCUCACUGUGGAAAGAGUUUUAGGUGGUCAAGGAGUCUGAAAACACAUGAGAGAAUACACACAGGAGAAAAGCCUUAUCACUGUUCUCACUGUGGAAAGAGUUUUAGAUGGUCAGGGACUCUGAAAAAGCAUGAGAGAACACACACAGGAGAGAAGCCUUUCCAACAUACUAAUACACAGGAGGAGACAACAUACCACUGCUCUCAUUGUGGAUUGACAUUUUCCCAGUCAGAGGACCUGAAAACACACGAGAGAAUAGAGAGGCUGUGUUCUGACUUGUGUUUCUGACUGAGAAUUUGUCCACGGACAGGAUUCACAGGACCAGGGUGUCCGCUAUGGACACCUGGAAGAAAUCAGCAGCGGACAUUUCUGAAGGUUUAUCCAACAGACCUGUACAUCCAUGAAUGGAUCUCUAUAAUGUGUAACUAUUUCUGAAGGUUUAUCCAACAGACCUGUACAUCCAUGAAUGGAUCUCUAUAAUGUGUAACUAUUUCUGAAGGUUUAUCCAACAGACCUGUACAUCCAGGAAUGGAUCUCUAUAAUGUGUAACUAUUUCUGCUGUAUUGUGAUGUAUUGUUUAAUAGAUGUACUAUGUUAGGUAUAUUUAUCUGUGGUUUUAUUUCAACAGAUUUUACUGAUGCUAUUAGAUUGCACUAUGUUAGGUAUAUUUAUCUCUGGUUUUAUUUCAACAGAUUUUACUGAUACUAUUAGAUUGAAUAGAUAGAAAAAUCUAUAUACAGCAUGUGCAAAUAAGGUAGGAUAAGAGAGGUUAGGCAAUAAAUAGACCAUGGUGGCGAAGUAAUUACAAUAUAGCAAUUAAACACUGGAAUGGUAGGGAAUGUGAAUAGCAGAAGAUGAAUGUGCAAGUAGAGAUACUGGGGUUAAAUUGAUUCAAUACCCCAUAAUGUCAAAGUGGAAUUAUGUUUUUGGAAAUGUUUACAAAUGUAAUUAAAAGCCUAAAUAAGUUCAGGAGUAAAGAUGUUGCUUAACAAGUCACAUAAUAAGUUGCAGGGACUCACUCUGUGUUCAAUAAUAGUGUUUAACAUGAUUUUUGAAUGACUACCUCAUCUCUGUACCCCACACAUACAAUUAUCUGUAAUGUCCCUCAGUCGAGCAGAGAAUUUCAAACACAGAUUCAACCACAAAGACCAGGUAGGUUGUCUAAUGCCUCGCAAAGACAGACACCUAUUGGUGAAUAUCCCUUUGAGCAUGGUGAAGUUAUUAAUGACACUUUAGAUGAUGUAUCAAUACAACCAGUCACUACAAAGAUGCAGGCGUCCUUCCUAACUCAGUUGCUGGAGAGGAAGGAAACCGCUAUGGGAUUUCACCAUGAAGCCUAUGGUGACUUUAAAAUAGUUACAAUGUUUAAUGGUUGUGAUAGGAGAAAACUGAGGAUGGAUCAACAACAUUGUAGUUACUCCACAAUGCUAACCUCAAUGACAGAGUGAAAAGAAAGAAGAAAGAAAGAAGAAGCCUGUACAGAAAAAAAUAUGCCAAAACAUUUAUCCUGUUUGCAAUGAGGCACUAAAGUAAUACUGAAAAACAAUGUGGCAAAGAAAUUAACUUUAUAUCCUGAAUACAAAGUGUUAUGUUUGGGGCAAAUCCAACACAUCACUGACUACCACUCUUCAUAUUUUCAAGCAUGGUAGUGGCUGCAUCAUGUUAUGGGUGUGCUUGUCAUUGGCGUCACUACAGUCCCUGGUUCUAAUCCAGGCUGUAUCACAACCGGCUGUGAUUGGGAGUCUCAUAGGGCGGCGCCCAAUUGGCCCAGCGUCGUCCGGGUUAGGGGAGGGUGGCAUGAACUAAUGGGGCUCCAUAAUAAACCCCAGGAAGAGUAGCUGCUGCCUUGGCAGGAACUAAUGGGGAUCCUUAAUAAACCCCAGGAAGAGUAGCUGCUGCCUUGGCAGGAACUAAUGGGGAUCCUUAAUAAACCCCAGGAAGAGUAGCUGCUGCCUUGGCUGGAACUAAUGGUGAUCCGUAAUAAACCUUAUUUGUAAAUGCUUAUUAGCAUCAAAGUAGGUGACAUGCAAGACUACAAAUAAUAAUAAUAAUAAACUUCUUACAUUAAGUAUGACAGAGGCCACUAAGACUACAAAUCCCUGCAGCUCCACGGAUUCAGACUACAAAUAAUAAUAAUAAACUUCUUCCAUUAAGUAUGACAGAGGCCACUAAGACUACAAAUCCCUGCAGCCUCACGGAUUCAGACUACACAUAAUAAUAAUAACAAACUUCUUCCAUUAAGUAUGAUGGAGGCCACUGUGUUCUUGGGGACCUUCAAUGCUGCAGAAAUGUUUUGGUACCCUUCCCCAGAUCUGGGCCUCGACACAAUACUUUCUCAGAGCUCUACGGACAAAUCCUUUGACCUCGUGGCUUGGUUACCUGUGGGACUUUAUACAGACAGGUGUGUGCCUUUCAUGUCCAAUCAAUUGAAUUUACCACAGGUUGACUCCAAUCAAGUUGUAGAAACAUCUCAAGGAUGAUCAAUGGAAUCAGGAUGCAUCUGAGCUCAAUUUCGAAUUUCAUAGUAAAGGGUCUGAAUACUUAAGUAAAUAAUUGUGCAAAAAUGUUUAAAAACCUGUUUUUGGGUUGUCAUUAUGGGGUAUUGUGAUGUCAUAAUGGGAUAUUGUGAUGUCAUUAUGGGGUAUUGUGAUGCCAUUAUGGGGUAUUGUGAUGUCAUUAUGGGGUAUUGUUUGUAGAUUGAUGAGGGAAAAAAUCUUCCAUUUUAGAAUUAGGCUUUAAUGUAACAAAAUGUGGAGAAAGUGAAGGGGUCUGAAUACUUAACGAAUGCACUGUAUACCACUGGCAAGAGUUUUCUUCCGUUGGCAGUUUUGUACACAGUCAUGUGAUACGUGGCAUAGAAAAAUCCAAUCUUGGGAGAAUACAUGGGAGGCACUAUACUGUGUGUCUGCAGGUGUCUAUCUGGUCAAAACCACUGAUACAGGUGCCCCUCCACCCUCUGGUGGGAUUGAUCAUGUCUACAGAGAAACCUAGAUUCAAAUACUUAGAUGUAUGUGUAUUGGGUAUAUGUUGUGAAAUUAUUAGAUAUUACUUGUUAGAUAUUACUGCACUGUCGGAGCUAGAAACACAAGCAUUUCACUACACCCGCAAUAACAUCUGCUAAACACGUGUAUAUGACCAAUAAAAUGUGAUUUGAUUUGAAAUAAACGUCCUAUUUAUCAAAGGUGCUUUUGGCUGGGGUCAAAAUGACUCCAAAGGAUUUGAAUUUGGCAAAAGUCCAUUUGAUACAGAAACACUAAACCAUGAUUUAGAUUUAUUAAGAACAAGUUGAUUGACAAAGUCAUGAAAAAUUGGAACAAUUGAAUAAACCACAUUUUGGCUAUGAUAAAAGAUAUGCCUCUGGGGUCAAAAUUAUCCAUGUCAGAAGUAUGGAUCAAUGCAAAUAUGUAGUGGGUGUAAAGCUUGUUUUAAAUUCUCACUCAUUAAACACGAAUCAAUCAACACAUGCUUCUCUUUGAACGACUUUAUAUAAUAUUAAACUUUUAUGAAAAAAAUGAAAAAUAAACGUUUGGUUCCUCAACUGCGUUACCCACUCCAGUCAGCAGAUGGCGAUGUGCGUCUUUUAGGUUCAGGCGACGCUGCCAGUGUGACGUAUAAUCUAGUGGACGGGACGCUCCUUCAACAACAACAGCUAGUCAGACACCUCGGUAGCUUUCUAGCAAACACAGCUACAACAUUCACGCUCUUUACACUGUUUUGGUGUAUAUUAGUCGCUGUGUAUUAAACACAUUUCUGUCGUAUGUACUUGUUGGCCCAUUUAAUUAUAUGUUUACGUUGUUUGUCAGCUAGCUGGUUUGCUAAGUUAGCUUAGAACUAAGCUAGUCGCUAAUGCUAACUAGCUAACAUUUCCGACCAUGAGUUCACUAAGCUACUCUCCUCCUGCUACAGAAGAGGAGGUCUGCUGGACGGAGAAAGAAGUUCUCGUGAAAGAGGAGGACGAAGAGGAGGCUGUUUCAAUACAAAAACAAGUUGAGGUUGUUACCGUGAAAGAAGAAGAGAAAGACGUUUCAGUGAAAGAAGAGGAAGACGCGUUCAGAGUGAAAGAGGAAGAGGAUGUUACAGUAAAAGGAGAGGAGGAUGCAGUUUUUGGAGUGAAAGAGGAGAAGGAGAUUACUGUCACAUUGGAGGAAGAAGAGGAGGUUGGAGAUCUGUUUAACACCAGUAGCUAGCUACCAGCCAUGGAGGAGGGUGAAAGGAUAGCAGCCCCAACUGUCAGUUAGAGAGGAGGCUAUUCUGGAUAGGGAAGGUACUUUUGUGUAGUUCCUGACCCUAGAAGUGAGGACGGAGAUAAUAGUAACAUAAUAUUCAGUGUGGUGUAAUUUGACUAUAAUGAAGUGUGUUUCUUGUGAGGUUUUCUGUCCUCAGAUAAAGAGCUCUAUGAAAGCCAGUCUACAUAUGAAGAGGUCCCAAUGAAGAGCAGUGGUUCUCAGUCCUGGGGACUCAGAGGCACAUUGUUGUUUUUGCCUCAGCACUGCACAGCUGAUUCAAAUGAUCAACUCAUCAUCAAGCUUCAAGAGAUACCUUGUAACUGGAGAUUCCUUCAAAACGAUUGCCUACAGUUAAUGUGUAGGGCACUGCAAGGUUGGGUGACCAGGGUCAUUUGGGACUGCCUCCUGGAGGAAUGCAGAUGUGUGAAGGCUACCUGUGUCCUGCGUAACUUCAUGACAAUGGAGACGAGGACCAGGAGGGGAUCUGCAGCUCGCCGCCGUGUCCCAGAGGAGGAGUCUGCUGCUCUGCAGGAUGUUUCAGGGAUGGGGUCCAACAACGCAGCAAGAGAGGGAAUCCGUGUGCAGGAGAUCUUCACCUCCUACUUCUUCAGAGGGUUAUAUCAGCUGUGUCGGUGAACCCCUCCUGCAUCUGAACUGGCUACAUAGAGGGCACAGCAUGAUCAGAGAUAUGUUUUGAUGUGAGAGGAUGCCAACCCCCAGUCCCAUCAUCACCAUCUCACCUUCUUUUAAGAUAACCUUUAGGCCGACUAGAGACACUGUUAUGUAAUUGUGAUGAACUGAGAGAAUAUUUAUGUAGCACUGUGAUUCAUUAAUCAUGUGCUGCCUUCCCUGCUCCUAUGUGCUUACCUCUUUCCCUUUCUGUCUUUUACACCUCUCUCCACCUCCUCUUUCUUCCUCUGUUUUUAUAAUGCACAACAGAUGUGCAUUGAAGUACAGAUUGAACUUGUAUUUAUAACACUUGGAUAAGGAGCUUUUCAAUAAAGCAUUUCACAUUCUCUACUGGUUGAAA